AUGGCUUCUGCGACGGGAAUACCACCAAAUGCCGCCGCGGCGCGCGGACAGAGUGAACAAGAGCCUCUUCUAGGCAGAAGAGGAGAUGCCAGCCAGAUGCAUGGGCAGCCUCUCUACCAUAACCUGUGGAUUGGCACCGCUCCCAUUGCGCAAGCAGGAAUAUGGAUCCUCGCAGCCAUCAUCUGGGGAGCCAUCUUCUCCAACAAACUCAUCUUCUUCUCCGCGCACCCACUCCUCAACUCCGCCGGCUUCCUCCUAGCCAUUCAAGCAGCCCUCGUCCUGCAACCAACCCACACCCCCGAACAAAAGCGCGCCGGCACCCUCGCCCACUUCCUCUUCCACGCGCUCGGCGCCUCCGCCCUCACCGCCGGCCUCAUCAUCAUCGAAAUGAACAAAGCCGGCCCGGGUCACGAACACUUUGAAUCCGCGCACGCGCGCCUCGGCCUCACCUUUUAUAUCCUCGUGUACAUCCAGGCUAUUGUGGGGUUCACGCAGUACUAUGUGCCGCAGCUGUAUGGCAGUGUGGAGAACGCGAAGAGUAUUUAUAAGUAUCAUCGCAUGGCGGGGUAUGUUAUUGCGGUGUUGGGGCUUGCGACGAUUUGCGCGGCGACGUGGACGACGUAUAAUUUGAACUUGGCGCAUGUGCAGCAUUGGGCUGUUAUUGUUGCUAGUGUGUUGGUGCUGGUGGGGGUUGUGCCGAGGAUUAGGUUGAGUAAGUUUGGGUUGAAGAGGGAGGAGGGGGAGGUGAGGUUGCAGUAG